AGCGCACCUGUUGAGAUGGAAGCCUCAGAAGGGCAGGGGGGUGAAGGGGACAAGCCACUAGAGAAGGGGACAGAUGCAUCCUGCUUAGAGAGGAGCACUAGUGCCAUGCCCACCAGAGGCUCACUUGUGUGCCAUGCCAAGGGCCUGGGCCAGGACACCUUCAAAAUUUGUAAAGAAUAUCUAAGGCCACUGAAGAAGUUCCUGCGAAAGCUGCACCUGCCCAGGGACCUUCCCCAGAAGAAGAAGCUAAAGUACAUGAGGCAGAGCCUGUUGGUCCUAGGGGACCACAUCAACACCUUUCUGCAGCACUACUGCCGAGCCUGGGAAAUCAAGCACUGGAAGAAGAUGCUCUGGCGAUUUGUCUCCCUGUUCUCAGAACUGGAGGCAAAGCAACUUCGCAGGCUCUACAAGUAUACCAAGAACAACCAGACAGCCAAGUUCCUGGUGGCGUUCUGCCCCUUGGACACCCCGGUGAGCUCCCUGCUGGCCGACCAGGAGGACAGUCUUCCCAAGCUCUGCACUGCCUGGGGGCUGCACAGCCACCUCAGCGGCAUGAAGGAGAGGCUGUCCAAGAUGCAGGCCCCGGGCCGCCAGGCCUCCCUGCUGGGGGAUCCAAGAGCCGGGGACCACGGCAGGAGAGGUUCUUUAAGGAAACUUCCUGAAAAACCAAAAUUCAAGAGAAAGAGGAUUAAGGAAGCCCCAGAAACUCCAGAAACCUGCCCACAAGAAAACCCAGCUGGGGCAGAGGGCCAGCUCACCCUGGAUCCCAGAGCACCUGCAUCUGGGGGUGGGGGGCAAUGAGGGGAAAGAAUAAAUUGUCUUUAUCAAAAGGAUGCUCAGGUCAGAAUUAUGUAUAAGUGGGGCGAGGAAAUAAACAUCCUUAAGACAGUU